AUGUUCCAGAGUCCGUUGCAGUUUCAAUUGAUUACAGGUUUUGUUCUUAACCCUUACGCCUUUUCUUCAACUUAUUAUCAAUUCAGAAUGUGCGUCCACGCCAGUUGAGGAGCGUCGAGUGCGUCGAAAUCGGACAGCAUUCACCGAAAAUCAACUGGAGAGUCUCGAGGAAGCCUUCCAAAAAUGUCAAUAUCCGGAUGUGACACAACGAGAAUCGCUCGGGAAAAAGAUUGAUUUGGCGGAGGCACGCAUUCAGGUGUGGUUCAAGAAUCGACGGGCGAAGCAGCGGAAGCGGCAGCGGAAUGAGAGCAGUCCUGUCGAUACGGAGGACUCGGAGGAGGCCGACGGCGAGUUGAGGACCAAGAAACAGUGCUCCGAGGAGGCCACUAUUAUCAGUCAGUUUGUCUCUCUGACACGGCGACCAAAAACGUAGAAAGGGGCGUGGCCUAGCGCGUGCACGGUUUUGGCGCGAAAUUCGAAAUUUAACUCCAUUUUUCUCAUGUUUUUCGUCAAAAAUUUCCCAAAUUUUGUACGAUUUCGACGAUGUAAUUGCAUAACUUUUUAAAAUUAAUCAUCGCGCACUUUUUGAGCUUAAAACGAGCAGGUUUCAUUCAGAAAUUCAAUCAAUUGAAUCGAUUUUCAAGUUUUGUGCGGAAAAUGCGCGAAUUUCAGUCAUUCGCCGAUACUUUUCGCCGUUUGAACGCUUAAAAUACUUGUAUUAACGUGCUUAAUCACUUCCGACACUCAUUUCGUCUCAAAACCGAUCCACAUCGGCCGGUAUGAAAAUUCCGAAAUUGCGGCGGCGGCGAGCGUAUUGCGAAAUAUGCCAAAAACGUCUCAAACGCGGCGUUUUCACGAAAAUUUCAAUGUUUUCUCUCUUUAAUGUCUCUUCUUUCGUCGAUAUCAAACACAAAAAUCAUCGGAAAAGUGCUGGAAUUGCGGCAAUUUUCAGAAAACGCGUCUCAGAUUAGGCCACGCCCCUUUCUACACUUUUGGUCGCCGUGAGCUAUUGUUAACUUUCAACUUUUCAACGUUUUCUGACGGUUCUCACCACGAUCAAAACGUUUCUCAACUUAUUGAUUGUUUUGACAUUACGUACCUACUAGACUAGAAUUUAAGAUUUUUCAGCGUGGACCCCGGGAGCGGCGCUUCUAAACUCUUCGAUCAGUCCGACCAUCUCCUCGACCAACUCCUCUCCGAUUUCGUCGAUGCCAACCGGUGGCUCCAUCCCGUCCGCUCCGAAUCUCAUGUGUCAUCCGAAUCCGUUCUACGCUGCUUAUCAUCCGCACCAUUACUCGCAUUUCAGUACGGUAAGGAUUAUUUUCGUUCUAAUCGUGUCUACUUUAGUAGUACCUGGUGGGUAAUUUGAGACCUAAUACUUGUGCCAACUACUAGAUUAGGCCAAGAGCCCUUUGACUAUUCAAAUAUUGUUGCUAAUUUGCAGAUUCCUCAUCAGCUCGUCUCCGCCGACACAAUGUCAUUGGCAAUCAGUGCUGAUAAGGCACAACUCAAGCCUAUUCCCUAG